ACAAACUGGUUUUCAGAAGCCAACGGAGUAAGAAAAAAGAAGGUGUUUGUUUUUAGAAGCAGCGCUGUCAACAGGAGGUCCCAGCGGCGCGUGCUGCCACCGCGCGCGCUGCUGACGCAACCACGUCAGUGGAGUUGACUGCAUGGCGGACCGCAAUGUCCCCAGAACUGCCCAGGGAGGGACCGAGCAAAGUCACGGGGCGACUCUCAGCGUCCGCGGCCCGACCACCUGUUAGAGAGCAGCCGCUGCCCUUCCAGCCCCGGUGGUGACAGAAUAUUAUGCGGGGCGGAAGAGCGCGCUGUGCGGGACGAGCCUGAAGAAGCGGAGAGGGGAAGUGGAGCGGAGUGAAAGCGGAGCGCACGCGGACGCAAGUUGCCUGACGGAACAAAAGUCGCGUCGACGGGGAAAAAAGCAAGGACAGGCGCGCGCGGAUUAACCCCAGCUUUUUAGGGGAAACUUUUUAUCGGUAAAAAUGAAAUUCGCGGAACAUCUGGCGUCUCACAUCACUCCGGAGUGGAGGAAACAGUACCUUCAGUAUGAGGCGUUCAAGGAUAUGCUGUAUGGCGCCCAGGACCAAGCUCCAUCAAUAGAAGUCACAGAUGAAGACACGGUGAAAAGAUACUACGCUAAAUUUGAGGAGCAGUUUUUCCAGACCUGUGAGAAGGAGCUUCUGAAGAUCAACACUUUCUAUUCAGAAAAGUUAGCAGAAGCACAGAGGCGAUUUGCGACCCUGCAGAAUGAGCUGCAGUCAUCGCUGGACGCUCAGAGGGAGAACAACGCUCCGCCGAGCCUGCGGAAACGCAAGACGAUGUUCCACCUGUCCCAGGAGGAGCGCUGCAAACACCAUAACAUCAAGGACCUGAAGCUAGCCUUCAGCGAGUUCUACCUCAGCAUCAUCCUGCUCCAGAACUACCAGAACCUGAAUUUCACCGGGUUCCGGAAGAUCCUGAAGAAGCAUGACAAGAUCCUGGACACCACGCGUGGGGCCGACUGGCGUGUGGCUCACGUGGAAGUGGCGCCUUUCUACACCUGCAAGAAGAUCACGCAGCUCAUCACUGAGACAGAGACCCUGGUGACCACCGAGCUGGAGGGAGGGGACCGGCAGAAGGCCAUGAAGAGGUUAAGAGUCCCUCCGCUGGGGGCCGCUCAGCCUGCUUUGGCCUGGACAACGUUCCGCGUCGGUCUCUUCUGUGGCUUCUUCAUUAUUCUUGCCGUCACUUUCGUGAUCAGUGGUGUUGCGUUCAUCCGCUAUGACAGAGUGUGGCCUCUGGUGCGGAUCUACCGCGGCGGUUUUCUGUUAAUCCAGUUCCUCUUCCUGUUGGGCAUCAACACGUAUGGAUGGAGACAAGCUGGAGUCAACCACGUUCUUAUUUUCGAGAUCAACCCCAGGGACAACCUCUCACACCAGCACCUGUUUGAGAUCGCUGGCUUCCUGGGGGUCCUGUGGUGCCUCAGCAUCCUGUCCUGCCUGUACUCGCAGCAGACCUCCAUCCCCAUGCAGAUCAACCCCCUCAUUCUCUACGGCUUUAUGGUGCUAUUCCUCAUCAACCCCUUCAAGACCUGCUACUAUAAAUCUCGCUUCUGGCUCCUUAAGCUGCUGUUCCGUGUCUUCACAGCGCCGUUCCAUCGGGUGGAGUUUGCAGACUUCUGGCUGGCGGAUCAGCUCAACUCUCUGGUGUUUAUCCUCAUGGAUCUGGAGUAUCUUGUCUGCUUCUACAUAUUUGAGCUGCAGUGGAGCAACAGCAAGGGGCUGCUGCCCGAGUCUGAAGAUCACGUGUGCCACAGCUACUCGUACGGCCUGCGCGCCAUCAUCCAGUGUCUGCCCGCCUGGGUCCGUUUCAUCCAGUGCCUGAGGCGUUACCGCGACACCAAGAGGGCUUUCCCACACCUGGUGAAUGCUGGGAAAUAUUCCACCACCUUCUUCGUCGUCACCUUUGCAGCCCUCUAUGCUACACACAAAGAUCAAGACCAUGCCGACGCAGAGACCUUCUUCUACAUGCUGAUUGUGUCCUCCACCGUGAGCUCUCUCUACACUCUGAUGUGGGAUCUGCGUAUGGACUGGGGUCUGUUUGACCGCGGGGCCGGAGAAAACACCUUCCUGAGAGAAGAGAUAGUUUACCCACACAAGGCUUAUUACUACUGCGCCAUCGUGGAGGACGUGAUUCUGCGCUUCGCCUGGACGGUCCAGAUUUCUCUGACCACAAUCAUGAAGAGCAACUCUGUGGGGGACAUUGUGGUCACGGUGCUGGCUCCGCUUGAGGUUUUCAGGCGCUUUGUGUGGAACUUCUUCCGUCUGGAGAACGAACACCUGAAUAACUGUGGCGAGUUCCGUGCCGUGCGGGACAUCUCAGUGGCGCCGCUCAGCGCUGAUGAUCAGACUCUGCUGGAGCAGAUGAUGGACCAGGAGGACGGCGUCAAGAACCGCUCGGGCAAGAAAACCUGGAAGAGGUCUCACAGCAUGACACUCAGACGUCCUUUAAUAUCGUCAUCACAAUCGAAAACGGAUACAAAGGUGCUGAUUGAGGAUACGGAUGAUGAAGCCUUCAGCUGAAGCCUCAGCAUCAGCACACACAUACAGACACACACAUUACUACACUGUAGUUAUGGAGACCGCCCUCAUCCAGCAUCAGCCCGCCGCCCUCAUAUCUGUAGGUGUGACUUUCAUUAAACCUGUGGCAGGUGAGCCCGCCCUCACUUUCACACAGGUUGCCUCAUCCUUAAACCCACUUUGGUCUUUGUAAGUAUAGACAAACACACACAAACCCGCUGAAGCACAAGCAUAGUGUGAUUUUGGUCCUGAUCGCACACAGACGGACAGACAGGAAGUAGAACCUUCUUCAACAAGCUGAUAUGAAAGACCUCACUGCCUGGAACUUUCCACCAGUUUCUAUACAAAAUUCACCUUUUUCCUUUAAGAUAGUCACUUCUUCAGGUUCUUUGGUUUCCUCUGGACUUUUUUUUAAGAAUAUCAGACGACUGUUGACUUUUGCCUUUUUCUAACUACACUAGGAACAACAGGGAGAAGACAAAGCCAAUCAAAGACUACACAACAACAAACAGCAGGCAUCUGAGCACAUCUAAACAGAACAACUGGAUUUAUAUUCCUUUCAUUUCUCUGAGUUUACUGCAGUGAAACCAUAGAGGCACUUAAGGUGCUCGCUACAUGAAAACGAGAUGUUUUGAUUCAUGCAUUUCUAUCAGAUUUAUUUGUACUGUACAUAUUUGAAUGUGAAUGACCCAAUAGUUCUUAUGUGAUAUCCGUAAGACUCGUUUAAGUGAUUUUUAAUGUAUUUUCUAGUGUUUUUCCUGGUUAAACUUGUGCCAUAUUUUUAUUAGAGACCUUGUUUGAGCCCCGAUCUCAAAUUAGAACUUUCAAACCUUUUUAUGGUGUAAUAUUGAAGUGCCCUUUUAGACUAAUAUUAGCAUGAACUUCUGUUCUUGACAUUUAGCCUAAUAAGUUCAUCCAGUUUGAUCAGGAGUCGACUGUGCACGUUCUGUCUGUUUGUGCAUCGAAAUUCAUCAAAUUGGAGACUUUUUAAGCCAGUUAAAAUGUUAAAUGAAAAAAAAAAGCAUAUUUAAGCGUGAAAGUCAGAAAUUAGUGGCGUUUCUUCAACGUCGAUUUGUCUUUUGUGUUUGGUUGUGUUGUUAGAGGAAAGCAGGUUUUCUCACUCAAAUGCAAUCAAAAUCAAUAUGCUGUGUAUCUGACGACGGCUGUUACCUCCCCUUUACCCGCGCUCCCAUCUGAAGAGGAUUUGUUCAAGCUGCUUAGAAGGAGCCUGGCUUUUAGAUCAACAGUGUUUUUGAUGUUCGGCGCUCUGAUGUUCCUCCCUGUGGCUACAUCGAUCAUGAGAUGAGAGCACAGAUUUUAUCCUCAUAAUAACUCCUUUUUUUCUGCCUCAGCAGCUGGAGAUUCUCUGUGGAGAAAAAAAAGAACUAAAACAGAAUAACAUAAAAAAAAACACUAAAAAGGCUGUUUUCCUGCAUGCUGCUCUUGUUUUACUGUGUACAUAGGAGUUAAUUUAUAAUAAAUUGUACCAUAGUGUUUGUUGUGAUAAAGAUGGAUUUUAUUUGAUGCCAUAAAGUCAUAAGAACCUUUUUUGGUUUAUAAUCCCACCUAUUUGCAAAUGUUUAAAUGUGUAAAGAAAAAAAAAAGAAAAAAAAAAAAAAGUACUGUAUGUUGUUAUUCUUCCAUUGGUCACCUGUGUGGGUUUUUACGUGCAGGUGGACUUGUUUUUGUACAGUUGUGAAUGUGCAUGAACCUCCAAGCUUUGGUAAGAGUCCUGCAGACGGCACUUGGAUAUUUUUCCACUGGAUCAGACUCUGACUGAGCUCUUCCCGCCCACCUUUUGGAGGAGGCGUGGCCUGCGGCGCUUUAAGGUGUUCGGAGAAGCAAACAGGGUUAUUUAAUGUACAGUUUGAGGACAUUUUUUCACACGUCUCUUCUUUCUCCAGUUUGAUGUGAUCCCCGCUUUUUUCUCUCGAUGUGGUAAAGCUAAACGUGGUAGUCCGUGCAGUUUGGUAGAUAGAUGUUAUUAGGAAAACAGUGAAUCCACUGUGGCUAAAUGUGAAGUGAAGAGAAAUGUCUUACAGAGUAGUUUGUUAAUGUUGAUCGUACAACUAGGAUGUUCUCUCUGAUGUAUUUGUGUAAACACUUUAGUGAUCCUGUCAUAUCUGGGUUUUAUAAACCACCUUUAUUUUGAAAAACUCA